GCUUGCUGCCGAGCUACGUGGGUCGUCGUCUUUCAGGCGUGCACAGUGUCCGAUCGUAGGCUGCCCGGCGCGUUGGCUGGCGUCGCAGGAGGUGGCAGAGGGGACGCGAAGCGACAGGUGGUGGCAGCACUCGUUUGCGUGGACGAGCACCGCUCUCUCGGCCGGUGUUCUCCAAGGAGAGAAUAUUAGAGAUCAGCUGCGUCGAGUCAAAGCAGCGCCGAAGCAUUGUUGAUCCGUGAAGCUGUACACCGUGCCCUGAAGAAAUCAGGCAGCGGGCAUCCAGAGUCGAUCCUCUCUACGGGGCAAGAUCCAACAGAGCCUUUCAAAGUUGCCUGCGUCGCAAGUGCGGCGCGGCGGCGAUGAGGAGGUAGCCGGCGCGGCGGGAUGCGGCGGGUGUGCGCCACGGGGCUCGUCCUGCUGCUCACCCUCACAGUGGCGGUGAGCUCUCCGGCGCCGCAGGGUCAGCACGGACAGCCGCAGGCUGGCUCCCCGUCGACGCCCAACCCGGGCGGCGGCGGCCCCAUCAUCCGCAGGGGCCGCGUCUGGCGCGAGUGGCGCCGCGGAGACCCCACGCUCAUCAACAGCCUCUGGAAGAGCAAGACGCCGCUCGGCAACGCUGAGCCGUACAUCGUGCUGGCGCUGCUGAUCGGCUUCGUGACGGUGGUGAUCGGCUGCUGGCUGUCGGACAACUGCUGGUCGCCGGAGCCGGAGCAGCUGGUGACGCUGGCAUAG